GGGAGGUUUUCGGCUCCGGGGAAGGGCGCGUGCGCGGCGGGUAGGGCGGGAAGCAGUGAAAACAACGCCGGGGCGCGCGCGCUGGCAGUCCCAAUGCUCGUGGCAGCGAGUGUGGGAAGAAGGCCGGAUGCCCAGGGCCAUCUCUAAGCAGUAGAGAUUUUUGAAUACUUGACUGAACAGUCAAUUCAGGAUCCUGUCAUCCAAUCCUGUGUUGCUGUUCCAAGUGGUAACAGAUGCAUAUUAUUUAUUUUAUUUUUAAAAAUGAGUGUAACUAGCACUGCAUUAAGAGUUGAAACCUGGCUUUCAGCUACAUGGCAUGUUAAAGUACCUCUAAUGUGGCUGGAAGCGUGUAUUAAUUGGAUCCUAGAAGAAAAUAAUAAUGUUACUUUGAGUCAGGCACAGAUAAAUAAACAAGUAUUUGAGCAAUGGUUACUUACUGACCUGAGAGAUUUGGAACAUCCUCUUUUACCUGAUAACAUUUUAGAAAUUCCAAAAGGAGAACUGAACGGAUUUUAUGCUCUACAGAUUAAUUCCUUGGUUGAUGUAAGUCAGCCUGCAUAUUCUCAGAUACAACAGUUGAGAGGAAAGAAUACAACAAAUGAUCUAGUUACAGCUGAAACACAAGUUACCCCCAAACCUUGGGAAGCAAAGCCUUCACGAAUGUUGAUGCUACAGCUAACUGAUGGAUUAGUACAAAUUCAGGGAAUGGAAUAUCAGUCUAUUUCUGCUCUUCAUAGUGAUCUUCCUCCAGGCACAAAAAUUUUGAUUUAUGGAAACAUUUCAUUCCGUCUUGGCGUUCUCCUACUGAAACCAGAUAAUGUAAAAGUGUUAGGAGGUGAAGUAGAUGCUCUUUUAGAAGAAUAUGCACAAGAAAAAGUACUUUCAAGAUUAAUUGGGGAGCCUGAUUCUGUAGUUUCAUUCAGACCAAAUAAUUCUAAUCAAAACAUCCCCAGAGUUGUAGAUGUUAUAGAGCCUGUGUUGGGACUUUCUGAUGAAGAACUCUUGGCAAGUCUUGAGGAAAAUGAUGAGCUGGAAGCAAAUAAUGACACCUUGGAAAGAUGUACCAACACUGGUAGUUCCUUGAACAGCAUUCCUAUGAGACAGUCAAGUUUUGAGCCAGCAUUCAGUUCUCAAAGACCAGAGGAGAAACCACCAAAUCAAUUUAUACAAUGCACUGAUGGGGAAUUGGGUGACUUUUCAUUGGAGGAGGCCUUGCUUUUAGAAGAAACUAUCCAAAAAGAACACAUGAAAACUAAAGAAUUGCAGCCAUUGACUUUGAACAAAAACACAAAUAAAAAUAUGGAGAGAUUUUCACAUAAACCUAAUACUCUGAAUGAUUUUUCUUUGAUUUGCAAACAAAGAAAUAAUAAUGGGAAUGAAAAAACUUUACUUAAAGAGAUGAUUCAUGAAAACAGGUCUUUUGGUUGUUCAUCUGCUACAGACCAAAACAGUGGUAUUUCUUUAGGUCAUUGUAUUAUAUCGUUAGCACCUAAUUUUACAAAUAAAGAAAACUCAGAGAUAGAUAAUAAAGUAAAACAAACUAUCAGCAGUUUGGAUGGACAUUUUUUAAAUGAUAAAAUAUUAAGUAGAGAGCCAGUUAAGAGUUUACAGGAUUCUAAUGAACGUGGUCCCCACUUACAGGAGUGUUCUGUAAAGUCAGAGAGUAGCACUAAUCUUUCUGUUGGCACAGAUUUGUAUUCUCCACCCUUCACUUAUCUGUCUGUUCUAAUGGCCAACAAACCACAGGAAGUUACAACUGUGAAGGUCAAAGCGUUUAUUGUAACUUUGACUGGCAAUCUCUCAAGUUCUGGUGGCAUUUGGAGUGUAACUGCUAAGAUUUCUGAUGGCACUGCAUAUCUAGAUGUAGACUUUGUAGAUGAAAUACUUACCAGUUUAAUAGGGUUUUCAGUACUAGAAAUGAAACAGUUAAAAAAGGACCCUCCUAAAUACCAAAAGUUCCUGGAAGGCUUGCAGAAAUGUCAGAGAGAUCUAAUAGAUUUGUGCUGUUUGAUGACUAUUUCAUUUAAUCCUUCCUUGUGUAAAGCAAUGGUACUUGCAUUACAGGAUGUUAAUAUGGAACACCUUGAGGAUCUAAAGAAGCGGUUGAAUAAAUAAACUUACUAAAAUAGUAUUAGAGAACAGUUUACAACAAGGAGAUAUUUAAAUUUGUUCACAAUUUUAUUUUUGAAACUUUUUGAGAGGCUCAGAUUUCAGAAAAGUUGUUCUUUGUCUUCAAGGACUAUGUGACUUAGUUUCUGGAACUUUAUGGGGUUGUGACUAUUUUUGAGUAAUCCAAAUCAUUUCAUUUCUACUACAAAUUGCACAAACAUUUUUACAUAUUCUAAAAGAAUUCUGAAAUUGAAGUAUGAUCAUAUUCUGCUAGAAAAUGAAAAUGUGACUGAUAAAAACAGCAGGAAAUGUCAGUUUGUUAUAACAAAAUUGUUGUUAAUAAAAGAAUGGGAUUCACAAAUGUAAACAAGUUCUUAAAUAAGUGCAGUGGUUUUCAUGUUUAGACAGUUAAACAUCAGUUUAAGCUAGCUUCUUUGCUGGUUUUGUUUUUCAUUAAAAAAAUGAGAUUUCAUAGCCUAUUUCACUUUGUUUCUUUUAAUUCAGCUUCUGUUUCCCUUUAUUAUGGUAUUAAUACCUUAUAUUGGAAGGAUAUGUCUAUUAUUGAAAUAUUAUCUACACAUCAUUCAUCAAAAUCCAUCAUUUAGAUUUCUUAGCUUUUCCUCUUACUCUUUUUCUGUUCCUGAAUCCUAUCCUGGAAGUGUCACAUCCUGUCAUCUCCAGGUUUCUGUUGGUACUGUAGCUUCUUGGUUUCCUUGCUUUUGACCCUGGUAUGUCACACUUUGUUCUUGGUAUCUGUCUGCUGUUUGUCUCAUGAUAGAUAGGGACCACUCUGACACUUGCUGCUGCCUCUGCUGCAACAUGGCAUUCUUUUGGGGGCUGGGGAUUUAGCUCAGCGGCAUAAAGCACCUGCCUUGGAAGCAGGCAGACGUAAGUUUGAUCCCUGGUACCGAUAAAAAGGAAAAAGGCCAAAAAAAAAAAAAAAAAAAACACAUGGCAUUCUUUCACUCUGCAGCCUGGAGUGUCUCUAACUGUGGUAGUUUCACUCCAUCGGGCCAACGUGUAUCUCCUGCCGCGCCCAUUUCUUUUGGCCUGAUGUAACUUUAGAGGGAAUUCAUACCUGCUGGAGAAGUGUUGGAAUAGAAGUGAACACCUCCAACUUCCUUUGUAGCUCCUCCAUUCUCAAGUACAUGGAUACAUUUUCUGCUGUGAGGAUAUGAAGAUCUCACAAUUCUGAGUUUUGCAGCUUCACUCAUUGCUUUUGUUCUUGGACAACUCCAACCUCUCCAGUUGAUUCCUUCUGCUUGCCACCCCCUGUCACUCCGUCCAAGACAGAAUGAUAUCAGGUGGGUGGCAAAUUCCUCAGACUUUUGCUGUUAGCAGGCUGCUUGAUGAACAUCAGCCAUGGUCAUGUGUAAUUCUUCCUUCUGAGACAUCAUAAUAUUUAUGGUCUUAAUAUGAAAUGAGAUUUUCCUGUACGGCUUUUCCUGUAGAGCCACCUCCUCCUUUGUCAACUUCUGUUGACAUUACUUCUUUUUCCAGCUGUUCCAGAGCAUUUUGGUUCUGCUGUUUGGAUUCUUCUACCUUGCUACUAAGUUGUUUGAUAGCUGGAGUCUGGGCUGCUGUUAGCUCUUGGUACCAGCUCUCUUGGUCCUUCAUCUUUGCAGAUUAUCCCUUUUAAUGUAGUAUGUAGGCUAAGACACAAGACUGGUGUUGAAGGCUCAGCAUCAUGGUUCUGAAGUGACAACAGUAAGCAGCACCUGGGGAAGGACACUGCCAAAUGUCACUGCAUUUUUAGUCGAAGGUGGUGAGGAAGAAGUAGCUUGAUCUUUGUAUGCAUCCUCAGGUAAGUGACAGUCACCAGCAGUGGUUGUCUCAGGGUUAUUAUAGUUUGUUGUAUCUUUUGUUUUCACUCCUACAGGUCCGCCAAUGCUGUUUUUCUUCAACUUUUUCUUGACCGCAGUCAAUUUUCUGUCUGGUUUCUUCUGAAAAUCUGGGGGCAAGGUGGGAAAAUCACCACAAUCCCAUCAACUACUUAUUUCACUGUAGUUGAAAACAGUUUUUCCUACAAUAUUUGUUACUUAAUUCAGUAGUUUAUUUAGUUUACUCAAACUAAUGCAAAUUUUUGAGCUUCCAUUGUUGUUAUUUUAUGCAGUAUUUUUUUCUUUUCAAAUUUUUAUUACAGGAAUGCAGUCGAUACUAUGUUCAAUUUGAAGAGUAGGUAGAUACAUGUGAUUAAAAAGUGUUUAAUCAUGUUUGUUGUAUGUAUAAGUUUUUAAAAAACUGAUAACUGUUAAGAUGAAGGAAUUUGGCAAUCUACUAUUGAGAAAUUUGUUCUUCCACUUAUUAUUGCUAAAGUAUUGAUAAUAUUGAUGUUCCCUGUUGAGUUAUAUUGUUGAAAGUUAAUAAAUUUUAUUUCUAAUAUGUUGAAGACGCCAAAAGAUUUGUUGUUUAUAUGGUUUAAAAAAUUAAAAAUCAGUUGAUAAGAAGGGGCUUUCAGAUGCAAUUGUUUUUCUAGUUUUUUUUGUUUGUUUGUUUGUUUGUCUUUUUUGUUUUUAUCAGUACCAGGGAUCGAACUCACGACUAUGUUUUGCUGUUUUUAUUUUGCCAAAAUAUGUUAAAGAAUAGUUUAAAUGAGGUAUUGAGAACAUUAAGAUCCAUCUUUAAAUGUAACUGUCCCCUUUGUGAAUUAACUGUACUUGAGUCUUCCUUUAUUUUUAUUGUGAGUGUCAAUUGUUUUAAUGUGAGGCUGUUACUUCUCUUCCACUUUGCUGUUACAAAGGAAUGUUUGAGAAGUAAAGUUACUUUUAUUAAUGUAUUUUUUUAAAAAUGUGUAAAGUGCCUUGAAUUUUAGGUCAUUAAACAAAUGCUCAAUAAUAUCAAGACAUUGUGCUUUACUUUAGUAAAAAUGUAACAGGAAAUAUCUAGAAGAAAAGUGAAUACAUAUAUAAAGAUGAUUUUUUUAAAAAUCUCAUAUGACCCUAUAAUCCCCCUGCUAGGUGUCUUUCCACAAAAGCUUGGGAAAACAUUUUACAGUGAUACAUGCAUACCAAUAUUUAUAGUAGCAUGAUUUGUAAUAGCUGAAUCCUGGAAAAAGCCUAUAUAUCCAUCAACAAUUGAUUGGUUAAAGAAAAUAUAUUUGUGUAUGGUGGAAUACUAGUAUGCUGUAAAGAAUGACAGUCAUGAAACAUUCAUCAGACAGUGGACAUACCUGGAAAAUACAAUGUUGAGUGAAAUAAACGAUAUAUAAGCUGAA